AUGUUGGAGGUCCUGGUGCUGAAGAUUGAAGAUCCAGGUUGCUUCUGGGUUGUUAUAAAAGGAUAUAGUCCCUUUUUGGAUCAUGAAGUUGACUAUCAGAAACUAAAUAGUGCCAUGAAUGACUUCUAUAACAGCAGGUGUCAGGAUAGAAAAAUAAAACCAUUGCUGUUGGAAGAAGGGCAGGUUUGUGUGGUUUACUGUCAGGAGCUGAAGUGCUGGUGCAGGGCCAUUAUUAAGUCAAUCAUGUCUUCGGCCGACCACUACUUGGCAGAAUGUUUCCUUGUGGAUUUUGCCAAGUACAUUCCAGUAAAAUCUAAAAACAUCCGGGUUGCAGUGGAAGCUUUUAUGCAGCUUCCCUAUAGAGCGAAAAAAUUUGGACUGUACUGCACGAAACCAGUUACGUUGCACAUUGACAUCUGUGAAGACAGUGCUGAAAUCGUGCCUGCCAGGAAAUGGGACAGUGCUGCUAUUCAGUACUUCCAGAACAUUCUAAAAGCUACUACCCAUGUGGAAGCCAAGUUAUGUGCUGUGGAAGAAGAUACUUUUGAGGUUUACCUUUAUGUAACUAUAAAAAGUGAGAAAGUGUGUGUUAAUGAUGAUCUGGUUGCAAAGAACUUCGCUUGUUAUGUGUCACCCACCGAGAAUAAAAUCCUUGAUUGUUUAGAGAAAGCAAGAUUGAAUAUAAAAUCAGCAUCUUUCUCCAAUAAACUCAAUCCUGCACUUACUCUUUGGCCAAUGUUUUUGCAAGGAAAAGCUUCUCAAGGGAUAAAAAAUAAAGCUGUAAAAUGUAAUACGGAACCAAUGAAAGAUUCACCUAAAAAGAAAGCUGAAAAGAAGCAGCAGUGCGUCCCUUUAAAAGGUGUAAACGAGUAUGUUGAAUCAUCUGCAUACUGGCCAACAAGAAGAGGCAUAACCAUUUAUGCUGAUCCAGAUAUUCCAGCAGCAAGUGUUUUAUGUCAGAAGCCAAAAGAGAAACCACUGAGAUUGGCUGAGAAGAAAGAAUAUGAUGAGAAGAAUGGCUGUCUCAAAUUACUGCAGUUUUUAAAUCCUGAUCCUUUGAGAGCUGAUGGAAUCUCUGAUCUACAGCAGUUGCAGAAGUUGAAGUUGGGUUUGCAGCAGCCCUUUGUGGUACUCGGAAACAAGAUUGAGCCCUGCCUAACCAUUGAGAUGUCGCCACUUUCAGCAGACCUAAAAAAGGCUCUUCAAAGAAAUAAGUUUCCGGGACCUAGCCACACUGAAUCUUACUCUUGGCCUCCCAUAGCACGUGGCUGUGAUGUGGUUGUCAUUUCUCAUUGUGGAAAUGACCCUUUGUUGUACCUUCCACCAGUGCUUACGAUUUUGCAAACAGGGGGCUGCUAUAAGUCAUUACCAAGUAGAAACGGACCUCUGGCAGUCAUCGUGUGCCCUGGGUGGAAAAAGGCUCAGUUCAUUUUCCAGUUAUUGGGAGACUAUAGUAUGUCGUCCAGGCCUCUUCAUCCUAUGUUGUUAACAAUUGGACUCCACAAAGAUGAAGCCAAAAAUAUGAAGCUUCCAAGAGGGUGUGAUGUGAUUGUUACAACACCACAUAGCCUCCUGAGACUUCUUAAAUAUCAAAGUUUGUUAUUCCUUAGAGUCUGUCACCUGAUUUUGGAUGAGGUGGAAGUAUUAUUGUUUGAAGCUAAUGAACAAAUGUUUGCUAUAUUAGAUAACUUUAAAAAAAAUAUAGAGAUUGAAGAAAGGGAAUCAGCGCCACAUCAGAUUAUUGCAGUUGGGGUUCAUUGGAACAAACAUAUAGACCAUUUAAUCAAAGAAUUCAUGUAUGACCCCUACGUUGUGAUCACGGCCAUGGAAGAGGCUGCACUCUACGGCAGUGUCCAGCAGGUAGUACAUCUUUGCCUAGAGAGUGAAAAAACCUCUACCUUGCUCCAGACACUUGAUUUCAUCCCGCGUCAGGCGCAGAAGACCUUGAUCUUCACCUGCUCUGCAGCUGAAACGGAAACUGUGUGUAAGGUAGUUGAAAGCAGUUCAGUAUUUUGCUUGAAAAUGCAUAAAGAGAUGGUUUUUAAUUUAAAAAGCGUUUUAGAACAGUGGAAGGAGUUAAGUGCUGGCUCUCACAUUGUGUUGGCUUUGACUGAUGACUGCAUACCACUCCUGGCCGUCACCGAUGCCACGUGUGUGAUUCACUUCAGCUUCCCGUCCUCACCAAAAAUUUUUGGUGGACGCCUGUACUGCAUGUCUGAUCAUUUUCAGAGUUUAACUGAACAGGGGUCUGCUGUAGAACAGGGAGAUAAGAAAACCAAGUCUGUUUUGCUGCUGACGGAGAGAAACGCAUGCCACGCGGUGGGUGUCCUGCGCUACUUGGAGCGCGCAGAUGCCAAAAUCCCAUCAGAGCUGUAUGAGUUUACUGCAGGCGUUCUGGAAGCCAAAGAAGAAAAAAAAGCCAAAAGGCCUCUUUGUCCCUAUCUUAAGGCUUUUGGUUUUUGCAAAGACAAAAGGAUCUGUCUUGAUCGACACUAUAUUAAUCCAGAAAUAGACAUGCCAAGGAAGUUAUCUAACCAAGCUCUCCCAGUGUUUGGAUAUGUUAAAAUGAUACCUUUUUACAUUUUGAAUGCAACAAACUACUUUGGUCGUAUAAUUGAUAAACAUGUGGAUCUUUACGAGGCCCUUAAUGCUGAAAUGACCAAGUAUUUUAAGGAUUCCAGUAAUAAAACAAUUGUUGAAAAGGUGGAGAAAUUUGGAUUAUAUGGAUUAGCAGAAAAAACACAUUUUCACAGAGUUCAGGUGUUGGAGAUGAGCCAAGAAGAAGACUCUUGGACCCUGGAUAAUGUCCUCGUGAAGUUCAUAGAUGAAGGCAGGACCGGACUUGUCACAAGAGACCAACUGCUUCACCUCCCAGAAGGUUUCCGCACUCUUCCGCCCCAGGCUGUGGAGUUUAUUGUUUGCAGAGUGAGACCUGCUGACAAUGAGGUUGAGUGGAAUCCAAAGGUUACUAGGUACGUUCAUCAUAAAAUCAUUGGAAAAUUGCAUGAUGCAAAAGUGAUGCUGGCUUUGGGAAAUACUGUUUGGAUUGAUCCAAUGGUGCACAUUACAAAACUUUCAAAUUUGAAAACUUCUGUUGUUGAUUAUAAUGUUCGAUCUGAGAUUUUGUCCAUGGGAAUGGGCGUUGAUAAUUCGGAACAUAUAGAACAACUGAGAAAGUUAUACAAAGGAGCUACAAUGCCAGCUUUUGAAGAAACCCUGACACCUCCUAGAGCAGAAGAUGCUGCUGCUCUGAAGAACACAGGGAAAGAGGACGGGGGUUCUGAGAGAGGCGCUCAUUCUGGGACGAACUCGGAAAACCCAGAGCACGAGGCUUUAUCUGAAAACACUGAAGACACUUCCAUUAACAAAAGUGCACAGCCAGAUCUGAAAAGUUUCCACCCACAGAUAAAAUGGUUUCAAAAAGACGAUGUGAUCAUCUUAAAGAUAAAAAUAAGGAAUGUGAAAGAUUACAGAUGUAAAUAUUUCAGAGAUAGAGUGGUUUUCAGUGCCUGGGUGGGAGACAGAUUUUACUUGGCUGAUAUGGAGCUUCAGGCCAACAUAAUAAAAGACGACUGCAGAUGCAUCAUUAACAAUGAGGAGCCCGUCAUCACUCUCGCAAAAGAGAGAAGGGAAUCUUGGUGUAGCUUACUCAAACGGAAGAAUCCGAACGUGGCUUUUGAUUUUGAUCACUGGGAGGAAUGUGAAGAGGACAGCCACUUCUCCAAGGUUGUGAAUUCUAAAAGCCCACCCAGCAAAGUGGCAGAAGUGGUUGAAAACAGUGACAAGUCUUCAGAGGAUGGCAAAGUGAGAGUGAGUGAGACUGUGAAUUAAACCCCGAAGC